UUUCUUUGUUUGGUGCAGGCGGGUCGAGAGGAUCCUGCUCAGGUUGAGUCUCUGGACUGACUCCAACAUUUACAUCCCACACAUUCAUAACGUUACGGUUACUACAGUGGAGACAACGCUGCCACCUAGAGGACAGGAAGUCUGCAGGGCUCGACAACUCAAAAUACUGUUUUUUCUGUCUUUCAUUUAAAAUUGGUCCAAAAACUAUUUCUAUUUUGUUGCUGAUUCUAAAUGUUUGACCUCAUUUAUCCGAGAUGAUCUCAAAUGAGGAAGUGACUUUUAAUCGUCCAUUCAUCCAUUUUCUCCUCUUUUUUUUAAUGCAGGUUCAAGUUAUGAUACAGUUAGUAAAAAUUAUAUUAUCGGGAAUAAUUACCGGCAUGGCUGCAAACAACAAUUCAUUUCAUUAUCAUUAAAAUACAUUAUCUUUACAAAAUCAAUCAGAGAAUAGUCAUUGGCUUCCUAAAGCAGUGAACAGUUCAGAUGGUUUCAUGUUUCAGGUCCAAUGAAAUGAAACUACGAUAUUAAAAUAAAAUAAAAAAAUAAAAAAAUAAAAGGAAGUCAGAAAAAAAAUUUAACAAAAUUUGCGAAGGAGGAUUUUUUUUCUUCCUUUUCUCAUGAAUCAUCUUUAAUAAAGUUUAAAAACAACAGUAGGAUCCUGCUAAAAGUGAUACUUUAAUCUAGCUGAUAGCACUCGUAUUAAAGUCUAAUCCUUCUGGAUACUUGUCCUGCAGUGUUGUUGUUCUUUGGCACUUUUACGCAGCAGCUGCAGCUGAUGCAGGAAUGUGGACAUGUGACCGCGCGCACAGGAAGAAGAGUGAAGACACGAGUCAGAGGUUCUUCCUCCACGGAGGAGACCGACACUCCCCGGACCCGAACCGCAGCUGCACCUCCUCCUGCUCCUGCUCGUCAUCCUCCUCCUCCUCUUCAUCCUCCUCCUCCUCUUCAUCCUCCUCCUCCUGCUCCUCCUCUUCAUCCUCCUCCUCCUGCUCCUCCUCGUCAUCCUCCUCCUCCUGCUGCUCCUCCUCUUCAUCCUCCUCUUCUCCACCUCCUCCUCCUCCUCCUCCUCUUCAUCCUCCUCCUCCUCUUCCUCCUCCUCCUCGCCAUGCCGCGCUGCCCGCUCCUCGCUCUGUGUCAGUAUGAAACCACCAAGCUGGUCCGGAUCCAGAGCGUCCGGCUCGGGUCUCUGAAGUGGAGCCUGAACGGAGCCAUUCUGCUCUUCAUCUGCCUCCUGAUGCUGUGGAACAGGAAGUACCAGGAGUUCGACCUGGUGGUGAGCUCGGUCACGGCCAAGGUGAAGGGCGUGGCGCAGGCCCGCCUGCCCGGGGGCGGGGACGUGGUCUGGGACGUGGUGGACUACAGCGGGCCCUCGCAGGACAAAAACUCCUUCUUCGUUAUGACCAACGUGAUCGUGACCAAGAACCAGAAGCAGGGGAAAUGUCCAGAGGUUCCAGUUAACGGCCGAGUGUGUAAGACUGACGGAGACUGUGAGAGAGGAGCCACGGACCAGCAGAGCCACGGGAUCCAGACGGGCUCGUGUGUGAAGUUUGACGUGCUGAAGAAAACCUGCGAGGUCGCCGCCUGGUGUCCGAUCGAAACCAAGACCAAGCCCCCGAGACCUGCUCUGCUGGAGGCAGCGGAGAACUUCACCGUCCUCAUCAAGAACAACAUCCGGUUCCCUGCGUUCAACUUCAUCCGGAGGAACAUCCUGCCGGAGAUGAACGCCGCCUACCUGAGCAGCUGCCAGCGAGGAACCGACUCGCUGUGUCCGAUCUUCAGGCUCGGAGACGUGGUGAAGGAGGCCGGGGAGACGUUCUCCGACAUGGCCGUGGAGGGCGGCGUCAUCGGCAUCCUGAUCAAGUGGGACUGUGACCUGGACCGGCUGUCGCGGCGCUGCCUGCCCCGCUACUCCUUCAGGCGGCUGGACGAGAAGGAGAGCAACAGGACGCUGUACCCGGGCAUCAACUUCAGAUUCGCAAAGUACAACAUGGUGAACGGAGCCGAGGAGCGAACGCUGUACAAAGCUUUCGGCAUCAGGUUCGACGUCAUGGUGUUCGGACAGGCGGGAAGGUUCAGCUUCAUCCAGCUCAUCGUCUACAUCGGAUCCACGCUGUCGUACUACGCUCUGACGAGCGUGUUCCUCGACUGGCUGAUCGGAACCAGCUGCUACUCGGCCGAUGUCGGACAGAACUACUCGGAGAGGAAAGUGGAGUCGGUCCGAGACAGACGGAAGUGCGUCUUCUGUGUGUCGUACGUGGACGAGAACAACGUUCGACUGGUGAAGAGGAAACAGAAGAAAAGUUUACAGGACGUCGAACCGUUGUGUGUUCUGCCGCGUGAGGAGGACUCGGGACACCUGAGAGCCGUCCUCUGUCUGCUGCAGUCGGACCGCGACGCUCCGCCUCCCCUCGGCCGCGACGCUCCGGAGCCCAAACGCCACCGUCCCGCCUGGUGCAGGUGCGACCGCUGCGCUCCCUCCUCCGUCCCGCAGGAGGAGCUGUGCUGCCGGCGGAGCGACGGCGCCUGCAUCACCUCGUCGCCGCUGUUCGAGCGGCUGGUGCUGCGUCGCCCCCUGCUGGAGGCCGCCCUCGCGUACCGGGACCCUCUGUCGCCGCCGCCCGCCGAGACCGCCGCCCUGCGUCACUGCGCCUACGCACAGUACGUCAGCUGGAGGUUGGGGGUCCCGCCCGCCGACGCCCACCCGGUCAUCCCCAGCUGCUGCGUGCGGAGGGUCAGGGACGAGUACCCGAGUCCGGACGGACGGUACGGCGGCCUCAGACCUGCCAGGACGCCGCGCACGCAGGCCGGCGCCGACGGAGACGUGUGAGGGGCCGAGGAGUUCCCUCUCAGUGUUUGUUAAAUGUGCAAAGAAAUCAAAUAAAAAUGCAAUAACUCUACUAACUGGUGGAAAAUGAGCCAUUGGGUGAGAGGACGAGGAGAAGAAAACCUCACCGACUCAGUUAAUCUCUACGCUUUCUAAGAAAUCUAAAUCAUCUCUCAAGUCAUUUGGCUUCUCAGUGAAAAAAACAUUUGUGAAAUAUUAUUUUUUUCCAUUUAGCAGCUUUCUUCCUUUCAUGGGGACGAACGUUCGUCUCCGACUUCAGGAAUGUGCUCGCGUCCGUCAAGAAAAGGGAAAAGUACAACUUACGGUUUUUACACGUUUUUUGCUUUUGUGCAAAUCAAACAACGGACACAUUCAGUCUUGACGUUCUGAGAGGUGUUAUCUUUCUACCUUCUAACUGAGCCUGGCUAGCAGUUUCCCCCUGUUUCCACUCGUUGUGCUAAGCUAAGCUAACCGACUGCUGGCCUCAGAUUCAUAUUUAACGUGCAGCAUGCGUCCAAAAUGUUUGACAACAGUGAGACAGAUUCCAAUGAUGAAGAAAAAAAAUUAAAAUACAAAUCUUUCUCUGAAAAAUGUUGAACUAUUCCUUUAAAA